AUGUUGAGAACUGUUAUUGCCACUACUCCUGAUGAUUUGACCGCUACUGUUUACCUUGCGGCGAAUGAGAUUGCUCCUGCUCAUGAAGGGAUUGAAUUGGGAAUCGGUGAAGGUUCUAUUAUCAAGGCAAUCUCCGAAGCUUUUGGUAGAACUGAGGCGCAGGUUAAGAAGCUGAACACGGAGCUGGGAGACUUGGGGCUUGUGGCUAAAGGAAGCCGUUCGUCUCAGACUAUGAUGUUCAAGCCUGAACCAUUGACUGUUGUCAAGGUUUUCAAUACAUUUAGACUAAUUGCUAAGGAAAGUGGAAAAGAUAGUACAGAAAAGAAGAAGGAUCGAAUGAAGGCACUUCUUGUGGCAGCAACAGACUGUGAACCUCUUUACUUAACUCGUUUACUUCAGGCAAAACUGCGGUUAGGGUUCUCAAAUCAGACGGUCUUAGCUGCAUUGGGACAAGCCGCUGUAUAUAAUGAAGAGCACUCAAAGCCACCCUCAAAUAUCAAGUCUCCUUUAGAAGAGGCGGCGAAGAUAGUUAAACAAGUGUUUACCGUGCUUCCUGUCUAUGACAUUAUUGUUCCUGCUCUUCUAACUGGUGGUGUGUGGAAUCUUCCUAAAACUUGUAACUUUACACUGGGCGUUCCAAUUGGACCCAUGCUUGCCAAACCAACCAAAGGUGUAGGUGAGAUACUGAAUAAAUUCCAGGACACCGUCUUCACAUGCGAAUACAAAUAUGAUGGAGAACGUGCUCAGGUACAUUAUAUGGAGGAUGGUACAUUCGAGAUAUAUAGUCGAAAUGCUGAAAGAAACACUGGGAAGUACCCCGAUGUUGCUAUUGCGUUAUCAAGAUUAAAGAAGCCCUCUGUGAAAUCUUUUAUUCUGGAUUGUGAGGUUGUUGCUUUUGACAGGGAGAAAAAGAAAAUCCUUCCGUUCCAGGUUUUGAGCACUCGAGCCCGUAAAAAUGUGAAUGUCAAUGAUAUCAAAGUUGGCGUAUGCAUAUUUGCUUUUGACAUGUUAUAUCUUAAUGGCCAACAACUUAUCCAGGAGAAUCUUAAUAUUCGCCGAGAGAAGCUAUACGAGUCAUUUGAGGAAGAUCCUGGGUAUUUUCAGUUUGCAACUGCUCUAACAUCCAGCGAUAUCGAGGAAAUACAAAAGUUUCUUGACGCUUCUGUUGACAUUGGCUGUGAAGGUUUAAUCAUUAAAACAUUGAACUCAGAUGCUACCUAUGAGCCUGCAAAGCGAUCGAAUAAUUGGCUAAAGCUGAAGAAAGACUACAUGGACAGCAUCGGAGACUCUGUAGAUCUUGUACCAAUUGCUGCUUUCCAUGGACGUGGCAAACGCACAGGUGUCUUUGGUGCAUUUUUGCUAGCCUGCUACGAUGUUGAUAAGGAAGAAUAUCAGAGCAUUUGUAAAAUCGGUACUGGAUUUUCUGAAUCCGUGCUUGAAGAGCGGUCUACCAGUCUUCGUUCUAAAGUGAUUGCUACUCCAAAACAAUACUACCGAGUUAAAGACAACUUCAAUCCAGAUGUUUGGUUCGAGCCCACUGAGGUCUGGGAAGUGAAAGCAGCUGACCUGACAAUUAGCCCUGUGCAUUGUGCAGCUACUGGCAUUGUGGACCCUGAAAAGGGAAUAUCUCUACGAUUUCCUCGCCUACUCCGUGUAAGGGAAGACAAGAAGCCAGAGGACGCAACAUCAUCUGAACAGAUUGCUGAUAUGUACCAAGCUCAGAAGCACAAUCAUCCAAGCAAUGAAGUGAGAGGUGACGAUGAUUGA